GUCAAUUAGAGACUAGAUUGCACCAUAAACAUGGAGCCAGGAAAAGUAUUCUAUGUAAUUUUACUAGCAACAAUUUUAGUUCCAGGUUACAUGAACGAGACAUCAAAUUGGACAACAACAGCACAGGCAGACAAUGAAACAACAAGUGAAACAACAAAGUCUUCAAGUACAACAACAGUUCUCUCAUCAUCUAAUCAUGGAGAAAACAGUUCUUCAGCGUAUUUGUCCACAACGGUACCCAGCACAUUGGAUACAACAACACAAACUACUUUGAGCAUGCCCAGUACAUUGAGCCUGCCCAGUACAUCGAGCAUGCCCGGUACAUCGAGCGGGCCCAGUACAUUGAGCCCCCCGAGUACAUCGAGCCCUCCCAGUACAUUGAGCCCCCCGAGUACAUCGAGCCCUCCCAUUACAUCGAGCACGACCAGUACAUCGAGCCCUCCCAGUACAUCGAGCCCCCCGAGUACAUCGAGCCCUCCCAUUACAUCGAGCACGACCAGUACAUCGAGCCCUCCCAGUACAUCGAGCCCCCCGAGUACAUCGAGCCCUCCCAGUACAUCGAGCCCGCCCAGUACCUCGAGCGAGCCCAGUACAUCGAGCGUGCCCAGUACAUCGAGCCCCCCCACUACAUUGAGCGUGCCCAGUACAUCAAACCCACCCAGUACAUCGAGCGUGCCCAGUACAUCGAGCCCCCCCAGUACAUUGAGCCUGCCCAGUACAUCGAGCGUGCCCAGUACAUCGAGCCCCCCCAGUACAUUGAGCCUGCCCAGUACAUCGAGCGUGCCCAGUACAUUGAGCCUGCCCAGUACAUCGAACAUGCCCAGUACAUCGAGCGGGCCCAGUACAUCGAGCCCCCCGAGUACAUCGAGCACGCCCAGUACAUUGAGCCCUCCCAGUACAUCGAGCACGCCCAUACAUCGAGCCCGCCCAGUACCUCGAGCGAGCCCAGUACAUCGAGCAUGCCCAGUACAUCGAGCCCCCCCACUACAUUGA